AUGGUUGAUGCUUCACAGGAAAUUGAACAUGGUUAUCAUGAAAGCCAUAGUGGUGGUAAAACAGCAUUCAAGGAUUAUUUGGGUAAAUAUGCCCAUAUUGAGGAUCCUUUAGAAAGAAGAAGGUUAGCCUUGGAAGAUAUCGAUAAGGCUGGUUUUGGUUGGACUCAAAUUAAGAUGAUUAUGAUUGCCGGUGUUGGGUUUAUGACAGAUUCUUAUGAUAUUUUUGCAAUCAACUUGUCGGUCAAUAUGUUGCAGUAUGUAUAUUGGGCAGGUAAAAUACCCGACUCGACAACUACAUUAAUUAAAGUUUCCACUUCUGUUGGUACAGUUAUUGGACAAGUUGGAUUUGGUACAAUUGCCGAUAAAGUUGGUCGUAAAAAGAUUUAUGGUUUAGAGUUGAUUGUGAUGAUUUGUGCUACUAUUAUGCAGUGUACGAUUGGUGAUUCGCCUGCUAUUAGUUUUGUUGCUUGGUUUUCAACAUUGAGAAUUAUUAUGGGUAUUGGUAUUGGUGGAGAUUAUCCAUUGUCAUCGAUUAUUUCAUCUGAAUUCUCAACCACAAAAUGGAGAGGAGCAAUUAUGGCAGCUGUCUUUUCAAAUCAAGGUUUGGGACAAGUGUUUGCUGGUAUUGUUGCCAUGAUUUGUGUUGCUGGAUACAAAGAUCAAUUGAUUGGUUCCAACUCGGGAGAAGAAUGUCACAAUGAUCACAGGUGCAGAAAAGCUUGUGACCAAAUGUGGAGAAUUAUUAUUGGAUUUGGUUGUGUUCCCGGAUGUAUUGCAUUGUACUAUAGAUUGACCAUUGCUGAAUCUCCUAGAUAUGCCCUUGAUGUUAACCAACACGAUCAAGUUGAAAAAGUUGCUGAUGCUGAAGCCGCCAUUGACCCCUCUGCUCAAGAAAUUGUACCACCAAAGGCUUCAUUCAAAGAUUUUGUUUCUCAUUUCGGUAGGUGGAAAUACGGUAAAAUUUUGUUGGGAACUGCAGGUUCUUGGUUUAUGUUGGAUGUUGCCUUUUACGGUUUAGGUUUGAAUUCAACUACUAUUUUACAAGCUAUAGGAUAUGCUGGUAAAAAGAAUGUUUACCACAAGUUGUACGACUCUGCAGCUGGUAACUUAAUCUUGGUUUGUGCGGGUUCUUUGCCAGGUUAUUGGGUUUCUAUUGCAACUAUUGAUUUCUUGGGUAGAAAGGUUAUUCAAAUUGGUGGAUUUUUCAUUUUGACCGUUAUCUUGUGUGCUAUGGGUUUCGGAUACUAUAGAUUAGGAGACAAGGGAUUAUUGGGAUUAUACGUUGUUGCUAGUUUUUUCCAGAAUUUCGGACCAAACGUAACAACGUUUAUUGUUCCAGGUGAAGUUUUCCCAACAAGAUAUAGAUCUACUGCACAUGGUCUUUCUGCAGCUGCAGGUAAAGUUGGUGCAAUUAUUGCUCAGACAUGUAUUGGUACCUUGAUUAACCACAACUGUCCAGCCGAUAAACCAAAUUGUUAUUUGAAUCACGUUUUGGAAAUCUUUGCAUUAUUUAUGUUGCUUGGUAUAUUCACAUCAUUCUUGAUUCCAGAAACAAAGAGAAGGACAUUGGAGGAGAUUUGUGAAACAUGCCACGAUGAAGUUGAUACUACAAAAUUAGGUAGAGAUAGGUACACUACACAAGAAGAAUCGUAUGAUUCAGAUCUUAAACAGUAA